AUGUUAAACAACCUAGUCAACCUGGUCGCUGGUGGAAGGGCCUCCGACAGAAGUAGCGACGACCGAGGCACACAUACGUCACACACCCGCAGAAAUGAAGCUAGGACGUCUGUAUCGCACGAUAGAAACCCGGCAGGCGGCCGAAAUGAUGACCACAGUGGAGAUAAAAUACAUGAUGAGGAGUACAUGGCCAAGGUGGAGGAGCGCGUCUCUAGCUACCUGGAACGGAUGCAACAGGACCACGCGAAUGGUACCUUCAAGCGCAUACAGAGGAAAGAAGGCGGCCCGAAGGUCACCUCCUGGGAACAACUGCACAAGAUACAAGAUCAUAACAGGCAUGUCUACUUCGGCGGCGCGCCGCUUGGACACAGUAUAGAGGUUGUGGAGUUGAAGCGGAACGAGAUACGUGCACGGAAGGAGGUCGAAAAGCUGGAGGAGGAGCUUCGUAGAUCCACAGAGAGGAUAGAAGAACUCACCAACAGGCAUGCUACCGACUUCCACAAAUACGAACUCGCUCUAGGGAAGGCGCUUGCCUUGGGACGAGGUUGCACCCUGAUAGCCGAAGUUAUUUGCAGCCACAUACGUGACAACAAGAGGCAUUUCUUCAAUGCAAUGAGACAGAGGCACAACAUGCUGCUGCAGAGGAGACUUGAUGAGCAGGCAAAGGCACUCAGGCAGAAACACAAACUUGCCGUAUUGGUCAUAGUUAGACAUAUUAAGAAGCUGUUGGAACCCUCGAUGAAGGCAUCGCUCCGUAUAAUGCGGUGUGGACCGUCGGAUAAGAUGCACACCGGGCGCAGCGCUGUUGCUGGCCUGAUCAAAUCGCAAAAGUACAUUGUGCCUGAGCACAUCAACGCCAUGGCUCUAAAAGGCGCACAAGUCAAACAACUGAAGAACUUCGACAACCCAGAGGAACGCACAUUCGCCUCCGUCGAGCAGUCCCUGCUCACGCGACUGGAAAACCUGGUCGCCGAGGAAAUGCAGAUGCUAACAACGGCCAAGUACGUGCACACCUAG